CUUCCUUCCUUCGUCGCUUUGGUCAUUCUCUCCGUGCCGCCUCUCUCCUCCCCACGGCCCGGCGAAAUCCCAUAAAUAUCUUCUUCUUCCCCCACGAUUUCUUGAUCCGCUCUAGCGCUCGCCUGAAUCUCGAGCGAUUUCUGCUCUUCUCUCACAAAUUGCUUCUUCCUUGAUCUCCUAUCGCUACAGAGACAGUUCACAAAAAAUAUCUACGAGGAGAAGAUCUCGUAUUCGUAUAGUUUCAGGACAAAAAAAAAUCCUUUCUGCCCCCUUGUUGGUUCCUUCUUUUCUUCGGAAGGAAGGAUCAGAUGGGUGAUGUGUCUCUGGAGCGACCGAUUAAGGCAGAGCGGGUGGCCCAGGGUGAUCAGAUUGCGAACUUGAUGUCAGCAGGAUGGACAGAUGAGACGCACACGCUUUACAUAAGCUCCAUGGAAACUUCUUUCAUGGACCAACUCUACAAUCAUGGAAGCAAAGCGAACCACAAAGAUCCAAGCGGCGAUGGGUUCAAGGUUCUCCGCGGUGGAGUGUGGGAGAAACUCAAAUUUGAGAGGACCAAUGCUUGUGCUCCAGUCAGUAGCAAAUGCCGCCUGCCUGCGAGCCCGUGGAUUCGACAUUUCAGACCACGUGAAUACAGCGGUAACACAGGAGGUGAUGGGGAAGAAACUUCAGUGGGUGAUCAUGAGUCGGGUGUCCGAACUGUCCAUGGGAGGACUUUGUUGUCGCAUGGAAGGGAAUUGGGAGCUUCCAAGGCAGCAAUCCUUGUCGCUGAAAAUGCAGAGGUCUCUGAUCAGAACUUCUCUGACGACGAAGCAGAAGUUGAUGCAGAAUCAAGCCAAUUAUGCAAGAAAAGGAGAUUAAGCAGUACUUCCACUUACUGUGCCCCAUUGAUCAAGUGAAUUCACAUGAUUAAUCAUAGGUAGUCUGUUGCAAGUGUUGAGAUGAAAAGCAAAACACUGAAUGACUGAAAAGAGGCUGUUUGUUAGCUCAAAAUCUGUUGGAACUUCGAAGGAAGGAUGCUCUGAAGUAAAGCAUGGAAGGAUAUUUCUCGGUUAAGGUACACCCAGUGAGCAAUAGAGGACUUAGUGUUGGCGAUUUAACAUAUUUGAUUCUUCUGGCCAUGUAUCUGCCUAUUUUGCAGUGUUUGUGAGCUGUGUAGUUCACUCUAGUGUCUCAGUAUCUGUCAGAAGAAACAACAAGCAAGCUUACUAACAACUUAGUAGUAGUAGACAAUAUCGUUUCAUUUUAUGGAUGUAGUGAUUUUUGUUGUCGCUGUAUGUUAUGGCUACUGCUGGCCACAAGAUGAGAUUGGUCCUAAAUUGUUCCUUUUUGCAACA